CACUCAGCACGUCGUUCGUGGUUCGACUUGUCAAGACUGUUUUCCAAAGAUGGCUUGUCCCUUGACCAACUGCUAGUGGGUCAUACUAGACCUUAAGAGAACAUCUUAAUAAAAUAGCUAAGUUUAUGCAACUCGCCUCUGACCACCUUUUUAGGUGGACUCAGUCGUGGGUUCCGGGUGUGCAUCCAAGAUCUAAAAACAGUGUUCCGAUUAUCCAAAUAAACUAAAUUCUGACGUCAAGUGUGCACCAAUAGUUUGAAAGCACCAUUGUUCAUUUGAUAGUCGACCUCCCUGCUUUUCUCCAUAAUUUGAUCAUCAAUUGAAAAAUUAUUAUUGCCACAGGUACUAUAAAUUAUAUUAAUUUAAAUUCUGUUCACCACCUAUAUACCCCAGACAGUAAUAGUGCAUGCGGCAAAUAGUCCUCAGUUUUGUAAAUAAAAAUCAGGAAAGGAAAAGAUGAGGUAGAGAGGAAGCUAUACAUUGCAGUUAUAUUAGUUCAGAAAUCGCACACUUCACCUUAACUCUUACAUAAUUAUGUAUGCAAAUAAGUGUACAGUACGGUGUUAUCAUCAUCAUAGAGUCUGGAUUUCAAUUUAGAAUCAGUAUCAUAGUUGUAAAGAUCUGAAAAUAUAGUAGAUAGGAUGUUACAGUCCAUGCUCUAAUUGCAUAAAUGAUCUCAUGCUUGCAGAUAGCUACACUGGAAAAGGAAAAAGUGCUGGAGGAGCUACAAAAGGUCAAGCAAACGAAAAUGCAAGUGAUCUCUGGAAACGAGGGAACUCUGGAAUUUGCUACCAAGAAAACAGUCCAGAAUUCGAAUGCAUUUGAAAUACACACACAUCAAAUGAUGAGUGACAUCACUGACACAAUACUCAGGAGAAGCUCGAUUGAUAAAGGCAGGUCUGGUAAAAGCCAGACUGUUACAUUCAAUAUCAAUGAUUCCGAGUCCUCCAUCGAUCCCGCUUCAGUCUCGCCUAUAGCAAGUAAAUCGAAAGGGCUAAAAAUGGAGUCUUCCUCCUACAAAAUUCAAGGUCUCAGAGGACGGAUAAGUAUUAAAAAGUUAAUAAAAACUAAAAUGAUUACUCAGGAGAUUGCACUCAAGUUGCAAACAGGCCUCAUCACUAUGGAGGAGAUAGAAGCAUCUCUUGCUCCGUUUGUUGGUAAACCGUCCUCAAUUGCAGGUGUGUACAUGGAGUCGAGCAAGAAAAAGCUGUCCUUCCUCGAUGCUGUUUCAGAAGGGUUACUAUCUAGAACAUAUGCCAUUGAGUUUUUGGAAGCUCAAGCGGCCACGGGAUACAUUAUUGAUCCUAUGACAGGUGAAGGUUACUCUCCUUCAGAUGCUUUUGAGAAAGGUAUCAUUACCGAGGAUCUCAAAGACAAAAUAAGUGAUGCUUACAAAGCAGUCAGUGGCUUUCCUCAUGCUGGGAAGAUUCUGUCAGUGUUUCAGGCUAUGGAGGAGAGAAUUCUAGAUAGACAUAGAGGGAAAGCGAUCAUAGAAACUCAAAUCGCUACUGGAGGUUUGAUUCAUCCAUUGAUUGGAAGUAGAGUACCCAUGGAUUGUGGACUAGAGCAGGGGCUCGUAAAUCAAAGCACCCUGCAAAGUCUCUAUGAUCCAGUUAGUAACCCAAAAGAUUUCCACUACCCAGACACAGGGCAGAAGGCAUACUACAGCGAACUGCUCCGAAUCUGUGUAUAUGAUGUCAAUGGUGGAGUAUACCUUCUUCCUUUUGGUGACCAGCAUCUCUUCACCCUCUCACCUUCCAGCAAACACAGAAUAUCGGUCAUCAACACUUCUAAUGGUGCGCAGAUGUCAGCCUAUGAAGCAUUUAAGGCCGGUCACGUUGACAAGAGAACUUACUUGUUUCUCUCAAGACAAGAGAGCGAAUGGCAAGAGAUCACAAUCAUGGACUCAAGUAGGAAUCUUCUACACAUCCUAACUGACCCUAAGACUGGGCGGCAGCUUUCCAUUGAAAAUGCCCUUAGUCUGAAAAUCCUCCAAACGGAAGAGCUCAGUAGCUACCGGAGUGGUCAGCUCAGCAUUUCAGAGUUUGCUGAUCUUCUGAUUUCCAGAAGAGUUGUCUUUAAAGUUUCCAACGGUCCUGUCGCUGGACUCUGGGAUGUUUCUUUGAAGAAACGACUCCCGGUUUUCAAAGGGCACCAGCUGAACCUUGUGGACCGACUCACCGCGUUGAGGUUACUAGAAGCCCAGGCUUGCACUGGAGGCAUCUGCGACCCGGCAUCUGGCGAAAGGGUUCUGAUUACAGAAGCACUACAUCGAGGACUCUUGGAUGAAGGUUUCGCCAGACAGAUCCAGCAAUGUGAGCAAGCCUACUAUGGUAUCAUUCACCCUCAAAAUGGAAAGACUUUGACUGUGGCUCAGGCAAUGCAAGAGAACCUUUUCCCAAAGGAUGUUGCCGUGAGGUGUCUUGAGUUUCAACUGGCAACCGGUGGGCUCAUAAACCCAGAGAGCCAAGAGAGAGUCUCAUUGGAGGAUGGCAUACAGAAUUGCUUGAUCGACAAAGCAACUGCUGCACAUCUUCAACAUUACAAUUCCCAUUUGAAAUGUAUCACUUGCCCCAAAACCAAGCGGAAAAUGUCUUUCAAGGAGGCGCUAGAAAAGAGUGUCUUUGACAGCCACACUGGGUUUGUUCUUCUUGAAGUAACAAAGCCCCAUAGCACUGGCAAUACUUCUUUCCAAUACUUCUGGACCUAUCGGCACUUCUGAUGUGCUAAAACCGGGGCAUAUUUUGCUGAAUGUUUUGUAAAUUGGCAUAGCUAGUAUAUUAGCAACCCUUUGUGGUGGCACAUUAUCUAGUAUAGAAGAAUAUAUAUUUUAAUCCUGAAAGAAAAAAAAACAUAGUGGUCAAAAUGGUGAAAAUGGGAUUCUUUAAAAUACAGUGGUGUGAAUAAGUUUUGACCCCCAUGCUAAAGUUGCCUAAAAAG